ACAGGGAGGGCGGAUCGGGAGCGCUCCCCGAGAAGGUGGCCCCCGGCGGCUCCUGGGCGCCCCCUGGCCCGACUCUGGGCCCUGAACGCCCGAGGUUUCCGGUGAGCUCCCGGGGCCGGUUAUGACGACUCCCUCCUCCUCCUCCUUCUCCACCUCCAUCACCUCCUCCUAGUGAGCUAGCCUCAGGCGCCGCCUCCUCCUCCUCCUCCUCCUCCUUAGCAGUCGCCGCCGCCGCCGCCGCGGGUCCUCGAGCUCAAGAAAACCAAGCAAGGCUCAGAGAUGUUUAGUUACUUGCCUAAUGUCUCCCAGGUAGGACCGUGGAGAGCCAGCAUUUAAAACUAAAUCCUGAAUGCCAGUCCAGUGUUGUCACCUGUAAUGGGCUUGCUUCCUCAGGAGCCCGGUAAGGUUUUAGGCUCUUAAAAGCAUCACCGGCAGCUUCUGAACCUCAGAGAUUAAACUGGCUUUCUUCCCUGGUUAUGAUGCUAAGGCUGCUUGUGUUUGGGGUGCUGCUUCAUGACAUUCUGGGGAGCAACCAAGAUGAAACUUCUCACCUAGAGGAUCUUCAAGGGUCAUCGUCAACUGCCUACUGGAACCUGCACUUGCCGGAAGAACACAUUCCCUACUUUUUCCACAAUAAUAGACAUCUUGCUGCGACCUGUGAGAAAGACCCACAGUGUCCUUAUAGGAAACAUUUAAAACAUCUUGAAUCUUGCUGGGGCUAUGAGAAAUCAUGUAGGCCAGAGUUCCGGUUUGGCUAUCCUUCUUGUAGUUUCGUGGAUAUGGGAUGGACUAAUACCAUUGAAUCAGCUCAGGAGAUAUUCUGGAAACAAGCGGAUUUUGGUUAUGCAAAGGAGCGCCUGCAUGAAUUACGGACCCUCUGCCAACCUAUGGAAACAGUAGGUUCCUGGCUAGUUUGCUCCCGCUACCUUCAGUAUUGCAGAACUUACUUCUAUGUUGAUCUAAGACAAGUGAAGAGAAACCACGACAGAUUUAAGGAAAACUUCCUACAGAAAGGCGACAUAGGAGGUCAUUGUAAACUCGAUAUUCGCACAUUGAUGUCUGAAGGGCAACGCAAAAGUCCUCUACAGUCUUGGUUUGCUGAACUACAAACGUACACGGAGUUAAGCUUCAGACCGAUCGAGGACGGCAAGUGUGACAUUGUCAUUGAAAAGCCAACCUACUUCAUGAAGUUAGAUGCAGGUGUUAACAUGUAUCACCACUUCUGUGAUUUUAUCAAUCUCUACAUUACUCAGCACGUUAACAAUUCCUUCAGUACAGAUGUCAACAUCAUCAUGUGGGAUACUAGCUCCUAUGGAUAUGGGGACCUGUUCAGUGAGACUUGGAAGGCAUUCACCGAUUAUGAUGUCAUCCAUUUGAAAGCCUAUGAUUCAAAAACGGUGUGUUUCAAGGAAGCUAUCUUUUCCUUACUUCCUCGCAUGAGAUAUGGAUUGUUUUACAAUACACCACUGAUCUCUGGCUGCCAAAAUACAGGGUUAUUUCGAGCAUUUUCCCAGCACGUGUUGCACAGGCUGAACAUCACAUGGGAUGGACCAAAGGAUGGAAAAAUUCGUGUUACCAUCCUUGCCCGCAGUACAGAAUAUCGGAAGAUAUUAAACCAGAAUGAGCUUGUAAAUGCACUGAAAACUGUGUCUGCCUUUGAGGUCCAAAUAGUAGAUUACAAAUACAAGGAGAUGGGGUUUUUGGAACAAUUGAGAAUCACGCACAACACAGACAUUUUUAUCGGCAUGCAUGGAGCUGGUCUGACCCACUUGCUUUUUCUCCCAGACUGGGCUGUGAUCUUUGAACUGUACAACUGUGAGGAUGAACGCUGUUAUCUAGACUUAGCCAGACUGAGAGGGAUUCAUUAUGUCACCUGGAAGAAAAAGAGCAAGGUCCUCCCUCAAGAUAAGGGUCACCAUCCAACUCUAGGAGAGCACCCCAAAUUUACAAACUACUCUUUCGAUGUAGAAGAAUUUAUGUCUAUCGUCCUUCUGGCUGCAGAUCACGUAUCUCAACAUCCAAAGUGGCCAUUUAAGAAAAAGCAUGAUGAGCUCUGAAAAAGAAGUGUUCAUUUCCACCCCCCCCAUCAAUUUCACUAUAGUGAAAUGGAAACUAACAGGGUCUCCAUAAUCGAGCACCAAGCUCAUGAUGACUUAUCUACAAUUUUUCUAAACCAAAAAGUGCCAUAUUUAUACCAAAAUGCACAUCUAGGAUGUCGAAGUAGUUGGAGUAUGGUCUUUCUUGACCAUUCUUUGCAAUUUCUUUGUUUGUUACUAUUUAUCAACACUGUUUAAGACUUUUUGCACUGAUCAUUUGAAUUUUCCCAUUUUUCUGACUGUUUUAAGGCUCAUGGGAAUUGUCCAUUUUUGGGGCUAGUGGUAAUGCAAGUUUCAUGGAUGAGUUACUGAGCAUUCUGGCCUAAGAAUCUUUAAAGAUCUUUUGGGGUCAUUAUUUUCAGGUUUAUGAUAUGACAGUGAUUGUAAUUUUAAUCAUCACUUUAGCUUAUUUCUGACAUAUUUGGAUUUAUAGGACCAUAAAGCUAGAGCCUAAAGGAAUCUUAGAGGUUGUAGGAUUAGAGGAGCAUAAAUUCUGAGCUGGAAGGAAACUUUAAGUCUAACCCAUGAGAGCUAGGACACUUUGAGAGAAGAAAUACAGGAGAAAAGGACACUUGGAGUCGAACUUUCAUCUAAGAAUGAGAAUUAAUUCAUGAGAGAGGCUAAUUCAAUUUACGAAAGAGGAAAUGAAGACCCAGUGAGGCUACACGAAUUGCUCAGGAUAAACAACUAAUAAAGGUCUAGGGAAAAAUUUGAACCCAGUGCUUAAUGAAUCCAAGUCCAAAACUCUAGCCACCACACCUUUAACAAAGAACUUGCUCUUAUUCUCAUGUGUUAACCGUAACACAUUUGGGGAUGUGAAAUAAAAUAGGAUUUAAUGUAUAAUAAGCCGGUGGUCCCUUCAGUUAUAGUCUGAUUUUUCCAUCCCCCAGUGGAGUCAAGUCUCCUAAGAUUAAAUGGCAUCUUCUACAAUUGUGAUAUGAUAUAAACAACUGAUAGCAGUCAACUUUUAAUGUGAACUGUGCUUUGUAUGGCAAUUUAAUUUUUUUCUGGCUAAGUAGCAGUAUUUUUGUUAGUUUUUCCUUUCAGUGAGGAACCCCAUUGCCCCUUCUGAUUUGCAAAGUAUUUCUUUUUAAAAUGGUUUAAGUUCUCUCAUUGGAGUUGAUAAGCCCCGAUUUCUGUAGCUUACCACCCCAAUGGAAAGAUCCAAGGUUUAUGUCUUCAUGUAUUUUUGUUCACCCCGAUCGUCAAUGUGAAGAGUAUAUAUUUUUUAUAAAUGAAAGAGGAAACAGUUUAUUAGGCUAGAAAGAUGCCAUUAUGAAAACAGAAAAGAUCUUACUGAACUAUAUCUAUACAUGGAAAAAGUAUUACGAUCGACUUUGCUCUUUGUGCCCUUCGAGGACGCUUGCUUUCUGGCAUUAGAAUUCAUUCUGCUGCAAAAUGAGAAGUUUACAACUAUAUAAACACUUGCAGGGUUUAAUUUUAGAGCCUCUUGAUUGCCUUUUGUUCAAUAACUGUAAGUGAUUUCCUAGAGGUUAGGCCUAUUUAUUAUAUUGCCUGGGAAAGUCCAGAUGAAUGACUGUAUAGCACUGACCAAUUCACAGGUGGGUUUGGGGCCCUAGAAAAAUCACAUCCUCAAGAAACUCAGCCUAUUGCUGCAGACUCUCCAGUUGUGCUUGUUGCUGCUUUUCUAUGUGCAGAAUACCGAGUAAUUAUCAGGAAAACAUGCUUUACUCAAGAGGGAAAAGAACAAAAAACAAAGUCGCACUUUGGGGCUGGAUCAACAUUUCUGAGUGCAGUAUUUCUGUAUUUGUGUUAUUACCUCAUUUUACAGAAGUGUCUAGGACAGUGCUGUUUUGCAAAGUAGCACAGAAUUCAGAAUAUUUAGCUUUUUUUUAGAGGAAAGCUAUAUUUAUUAUAAUUUGCACAUAUUUUAGAAAGAGGGGUAAAAUUUAUAGAAACAGAAUGCAUCAGAUAAUUAUGUUAUUAACUUAUCAGGCUUAAAAAAAGCAACUGAAGGAGCUGUUGUAUCAUUUGAAUUUUUUUCAAUUUUAACAUGCGAAGCUUGCUACUUUUAUUGAUCCAAAAUGUUGAGAUUAACCUGUAAAAAGCCUGUGAUGUCUUUUGCCAUUUUGGGAGGAGGGACAUGCCUUUGAAAUAAAUAUUUUUUGGUAUCUUA